CGUUUUUAUUUUUUUUCCGCGCUUUUUACUUUUUAGCCCGUCGGAGAUAUGUCAACAAAUCCGGAAUACCUAUCAGGUUCUGAAACAGUUUUACAAGUACACUGUUUCAGUGUUUCACACUUCAUAGUUUUGACUUUUGACUCUUGUUGGUCUCCGUUUCCAUUAAAUCGUUCCUGCUCGUUGUAUUUAAGUGAUUAUUAUUUUGCGCCAUAAACUGUCCAACAAUAACUAAUGAUAAUAUUAUUACAUAUUAUUAUUUACAUCGUCGCACGCUACAAAACGAAUUAAUAUUAGAAUCAUGUCUAAGCACCUGGUCGACAUGGCUUCCAAGCAAAAAGACGUCAUGUUUAACAUGUUGUCAUUAAAGCACAAAUUAUUGAUCCCAGAAGAAGAAUGUGGAAAAUGUAAACAGCAUACUAAAGAUUGGUUAAUUGUUAAUGUCUGUCAUCAUGUACUCUGUAUAAAUUGUGCAAAAAUUGAAGCUACAGGUUCAACUUGCUGUCAGAUAUGCAAUAUCAUGUUCGAUCCAAAUACACAAGUCAGUACAGUUACUGAAAUGAAAAUAGCAUUUUCUCAAAUCGAAGAUUUAGUGUGGAAAGUAAUUGCAUUAGAGAGUGGAACAUUGGACGAAUUAUAUCCUGAUGAAGAAUUUAAUAACAAAAUUAAACCAGAUAUGAUUCAUAUUAACACAAUUAAAUCGUCAAUGCAAAACCAAUUGUCUAAUCAAAAUACUGAAUCUCACGGGGAGUCUAAUUUAAAUUUAUCUCAAUCAUCAGUAGAUCUAUUUGAAGAGACAGAGGACAUUGAGAUUCUUGAAGAAGACAAUCAUAAUUACCAGUCUAAUGGAUCUGUAUCUAUUUGUGUUAAUUCUGACAAAAAUGAUAAACUGGUAAAAUAGAAUUUUCUAUUAAACCUAUCAUGAUAAUUUAUUAUUUGAUACAGUUUUAGAUUUUUCGUAUAUUUAUAAGAUAAUACGUCUAAACAGAUUUGUAAAAUAGUAUUUGACAGAUUAUUUAAAUUUUUUAUUUUAUCUUUUAUUUAUACUUAGUAACAUAAUCUGUCAUUACUCAUAGUUUGACAUUAUUUAGUCCAACCAAUGUUGAACUCAAUACAAAUUUAUUUGUAUUCUCUAUACUUUGGAAAUAUUUAAUUUGCAUUAAGUAGUAUAAAUUAUUUUAUGAUACCUAUUUAAUUGUACAAUUAAUAAAUCACUUGAUUAUUUUAUAAAUCAAUUAUGCUAAUAAUAAGGCAUUCAUUAUUCUUUAUUGUUUGAAAUGUAAAAUAAUUCAAUUAGUAGGUACUAAACUUUGACUAACUCAGUAUUGAAAA